CCCGACUCCCCCGCGGCCACUGGCGGACCCCUCCAGAUGGCAUCGCCCGACCGCGUCAACCAGCGCCGCGAAAACACCCUCUUCACCACCCUGCGAACCCCCGGAGCCUCGGUAGACGGCCUCGCCUCGCCCGUCCACGACAAGAUCAGCCAGUUCAACAGCAUGAGUAUGCAGUCGCGGCAGCUGGAGCGCAAGACGGCCGACGCGGCGCUCAAGCGCGCCAUGCUGGGCCGCGAGGAGGCCGAGGCCGAGAUGCGGCGCCUCAAGGACGAGGCCAGGGACUUGAGGCAGGAGAUUGAGGAGGGCAAGGAGCGCGAGAGGAGGGUGGGCGAGCGGUUGGAAACUGUCAUGGAAAACUAUGGCCGCGCAAAGGAGACACACGCACACACGCAGGCUCUGUGGGAGAAGGAAAUCAGGCGCGCCAGAAAGGAAAACUUCAAGGCGCAAUCUACCAUUGUCAAACUCCAGGAAGACCUCAAAAACACGAGGGCAGCAACGAAGCUACUGGUCGAACAGUCACUAGAGCAGGAGAGAGAAAAGGGUCGUGCUCGAGAUGCGGAACUGUUUGAAGUGAAAUACCAGGCCAACAGCCUCCAGGACCAGCUCGAGCAAGCAUUCGAGCGCCUCAAGCUGGUCGAGCAGGAGCGCGAUGCCUACAAGGUCGCCGCCAAGAACGAAGAGGUUGCCCGUCUCGCCGCAGAGGGUCGCAUUCCCCUGCCUGCCGAGCAAUCAGACGACGAGUUUGCGUCUCCGCCCAGGAAGCGCAGGCUGGCAUCGACGAUCCGGUGCAGGGAUCCUCGCGUCUCGCUUUCGACAAUGGAGGUCGUCUCGUCGGCCGCCAGCGAGCUAGAGAUUGAGCAGCUCACCGAGCAGCUGCAGUGGGAGAGGCAGAGAGCCGACCGAGCUCAGGAGAUGAUUGAGUUUAUGCAGGCUGAGUGCCAGAUGCACUGCUGCCCCUGUUCCAAGUCAAAGCGUCGGACUAGCAUGCUGGCCCAGCAGCUCCCUCGAGCGACCCCCGAACGCAAGAAGGCUUCUGCAGAGGCGUCCAUCCCGGAAGAGAAGCGCGAAGCUUCCGCUGAGCCGCUUCCGUCGCCCGUGCAGCAGCAGGAGCUGAAGCCGGGCAAGGUGAGGAAGGGCGCCAGGCGGAGCACCGUCUUCUACCCCCAGGAGGGCGUCUUCCGCACGGUAUCGGAGCAGGAGGCCAUCGAGCUGGAAGCCCAGCGCAAGGCCGAGAUUGUCAUUGAGGCCCACGAGGAGCCGGAACCGGAGAUGCCUUCUUCUCCGGCAGACCGCAAAGAGGCACAUCAACGUACGUUUGCGAAAACACCAUCCGUCGAGCCUUCAGUCUAUGAUUUUCCCCCGGGGAAAUCAUCGCUCAUGUCGCUCAUCAAUGCCCCGCGAAUAGACCCUCAAGCUGACUCUCUGCCAAACUUGCGUAGCAUCCCGCCGUUCCCUGACAACACCAAAGUCGCUCAGGAGGGAGCACGAGCUUCUGCCAAGUCUGUCUACACAGUAACCAAAACAACCACGGUCCCAGUCCGAGACGAGCGAUCCACCAGCUCGUCGUUCAACCAGCGGAUGCGAACCGCGUCCAACAGCAGCGCUGCGAGCUUCGACACGACCGAUCCGGCCAUGACGCCCACCAUGAGCCGCGAAGAAGCACUGGCGCAGAUUCGCGAGAGGAGAGGCCGUGCUAGGAGUGCGACCAGGGGAGCGGCUACACCACUGAGCCGGCCAACAUCUGGCCUGGGGAGACGAGAUAUCAGCGGCCCGGUGGGCAGAGUUGGGAGCCGAUCCAGA